AUGAGAGGGACUCCCAACCGCAACCAGGGCAGGGGAAACAUCCCCUUUACCAACAGCCCGGCAAACUCCAACAUCCCUCGCCCGGUUCUGGAUAGCCAGCCCAGUGAGGCGAGCUCCUCCGUCAGCGCCAGCCGGCAGAAGCAGACCAAGCGUGAUGAGGCUAUCCGCAGGAAAAUGGAGAACGACCUCUCCAAGAAGAAGCAUUUGACGAACCGCGCCAGGCAUUCUCGUAAAGCUCCUCCUGGCACUGUGCUGGCUCUCAAGCCCAGCCAGGCAUUGCAGAUCAAACCGCAAACCACCGUGUCCGAGGCUGCCCAGCUCAUGGCUGCGAAACGAGAGGACUGCGUUCUGGUCACCGAUGACGACGACCGCAUUGCCGGCAUUUUCACAGCCAAGGAUCUUGCCUUCCGCGUCGUUGGAGCCGGGCACAAGGCGGCCAAUAUCACCAUUGCGGACAUCAUGACAAAGAACCCGCUCUGUGCUCGCACUGACACAAGUGCCACAGAUGCGCUGGAUCUGAUGGUUCGCAAGGGAUUCCGCCACUUGCCAGUCAUGGACGAAAACCAGGACAUUUCUGGUGUCUUGGAUAUCACCAAGUGCUUUUACGAUGCCAUGGAGAAGCUGGAGCGAGCCUACUCGUCCUCUAGAAAGCUCUAUGAUGCUUUGGAAGGUGUGCACUCCGAGCUGGGCGCUUCCCAGCCCCAGCAGAUUAUCCAGUAUGUCGAGGCACUUCGAUCCAAAAUGUCUGGGCCGACUUUGGAAUCUGUUUUGAAUGGCAUUCCCCCGACAACAGUCAGUGUCAGGACCUCGGUAAAGGAGGCCGCUGCCUUGAUGAAGGAGAACCACACCACGGCUGUGUUGGUGCAAGAUGCGGGUGCUAUUACUGGCAUCUUCACCAGCAAGGACGUUGUUCUGCGCGUCAUCGCCCCUGGCCUUGAUCCGGCAAACUGCAGCGUUGUUCGGGUCAUGACGCCUCAUCCAGACUUCGCGCCGAUGGACAUGACCAUUCAGGCUGCGCUGCGCAAGAUGCACGAUGGCCAUUAUCUUAACCUACCCGUCAUGAAUGAUGGUGGCGAGAUUGUCGGCAUGGUUGAUGUCCUCAAACUCACCUAUGCCACUCUUGAGCAAAUCAACACCAUGUCUAGUGGAGAUGGUGAAGGGCCUGCCUGGAACAAGUUUUGGCUCUCAAUUGAUAACGAGACAGAGUCAAUGAUGUCUGGUGAGGGCAGCCACAGCCAUCACCAUACUAACCUUGGAUCUCGCAUGAUGUCUCCUGAUGUAACUAGGGACCGCCAUGGGGACAGUGUGGCUCCAGGCGACUCUGCUUCCCACGUCGGUGUUGAAUCACCCCCUCGAUCGAUUGCCCCCGAGAUUCCCGAGCAGAACCCUGCUGAUGUACCGUUCCCCUUCAAGUUCAAGGCACCUUCAGGCCGAGUGCAUCGCUUGCAGGUAAUAGCAGCUCAGGGAAUGGGGGCCUUCGUAUCUGCUGUCGCGGCUAAGCUUGGUGCCGAGGUUGAUGCCAUUGGUGGUGUGCCAGCUGUAGAAGACGGAAAAAUGAGCGGUGCUGGAUUUGCUCUCAGCUACAUGGAUAAUGAGGGUGACACUGUUUCCAUCACUACCGACAACGACUUGCUCGAGGCCAUCAUUCUCGCUCGUCAAAGCCGGCACGACAAGGUUGACCUCUACGCUCAUGAUCCUGAGAAACCACCUGUGGCACCACCCGCUCCCGUUGAGACACCCGUUAUUCCCACGCCGCCAACCUCUACUGCUGCUGGUCUCCGCGAGCGCCGAAGACUUUACGAUGAUGACGAAGACGAAGACGAGGAUGAGGACGAGAGUGAUGGCGCACCAGUCCGACGCUCACGGCGGACGAGAAGCGCACCUGUUCAGGAACAGCUUAUCGCAGGAGUGCCAAAUGAUCUUCUGCUUCCUGGUGCUAUUGUGACACUGGCUGUAGUUAUUGUUGGUGUCUUUACCAUUGCAAGAGCCACCAGCAGAUAA